AUGGGCCGCCAAAGUGAAGAGGUGGCAUAUGCCACGGGCGAUUCCAGUCGCGUCGAGUCUGAGCCGAAAGGUGAUGUGAUUGACCGCACUACAUCAAAUCAGAUCGGGGAGAUGAACCUCGAGAGCGGUCAUCAGCUCAAGAGAGGGCUUAAAAGUCGACAUAUUCAAUUCCUUGCUCUCGGAGGCGCAAUCGGAACCGGUCUAUUCGUCGGCUCCGGCCAGAUCCUAGCCACCACGGGCCCGGCACCGCUGUUCAUGGCGUACCUGUCUAUGAUGAUUGUGGUCUGGGUCAUCAUGAACAACCUCGCGGAAAUGGUGACGUACCUGCCCAUGAAAGGCAUCUCGAUCCCGUACUUCGUCGGCCGCUUCGUCGAACCCAGUCUCGCCUUCGCCGCCGGCUGGAACUACUGGUACGCCUACACCAUGCUGCUCGCCGCCGAGUGCACCGCCGGCGCUAUAAUCCUACAGUAUUGGACCAACGCCGUCCCCGUAGCCGUCUGGAUCGCUCUCCAGCUCAUCGUCAUCUUGCUGCUGAACAUCAUCGCCGUGUCGUUUUUCGGCGAGGCAGAGUUUUGGUUCGCGAGUAUAAAACUUAUUACUAUAACCGGCUUGAUUAUCCUGGGUAUCGUGCUGUUCUUCGGCGGUGGACCAACACACGAUCAUCUGUACUUCAGGUACUGGCAGGAACCAGGGGCUUUCCACCCGUAUCUGUUGGAGGGGAAUACUGGCCGGUUCUUGGCUUAUUGGACGGCCUUUGCGCGCGCUGGGUUCUCGUUCGUCACGUCGCCUGAGCUUAUCGCGCUCUCGGCGGGUGAGACUGUUGCGCCGCGGCGCAAUAUCCCUAAGGCAGCCCGUCGCUUCGUGUGGCGAUUGGCUAUAUUCUACGGCCUGGGAUCGCUUGUUAUUGGCAUCAUCGUCCCUUACGAUGAGAAGAACCUAACGGGCGAGUCUAAUGCGACUGCUAGCCCGUUCGUCCUCGGCAUCUCGCGCGCCGGGAUUAAGGGGCUUAACCACGUUAUCAACGCUGCGGUUCUUACUUCGGCUUGGUCUGCGGGCAACGCGUUCUGCUAUUCAGGGUCGCGUGUGCUCUACUCCAUGUCGAUCAACGGCCAAGCGCCGCGAUGGUUCGGGCGUACCACGAAGCGGGGUGUACCGUAUGUGGCAGUACUUUUCACCCUGCUGGUUGCAUGUCUGGCCUUUCUCAACGUAUCCAACUCAGGUGCGCAGGUAUUCCAAUGGUUCACCAACAUCUCGACCAUCUCCGGCUUCAUCGCGUGGAUCGUAGUCAUGAUCACAUACAUACGAUUCCGGAAAGCCAUGGAACACCACGGGUUGCUCGACGCGUUGCCGUACCGGACGCCGCUGCAGCCGUACGCUACAUACGCCGUACUGUUCAUCAUCGUGAUCUUAACCCUGACCAACGGGUUCCAGAUCUUUUUCCCGUCGCAGUGGAGCGUGUCCAACUUCCUCGCCGCGUACAUCACCAUCCCGAUCUUCCUAGCACUAUACCUUGUGCACAAGAUCAUCUACCGUACGCCUUUGGCAACUAAGGUCGAGGACGUGGAUGCCUGGACAGGCAAGAAGGAGAUGGAUGAUCUGAGCGCGGCGGAGGAGGAGCGGGUACCGCGGAAUUGGUAUGAAAAGGUGUGGUUUUGGCUUGCUUGA